GGUUUGGGGUUCUCCUCAGACCUCGUUGAGGGCGAUUGCUCCGGGUGAGAAGCCCAGCCACUGCUCCCCGCCCUCAGUGAAGCGAGCUAUCUCGCGGGCGCCACCAUGACAGCCAGCUACUGCGUCCCGGUGCUCCUGGCCGCCUGGCUCGCGACAGCAGCGGCUGAGGGCCUGGAACAGGCCGCGCUGCCGGCGGAGGAGAGCCGGGUGCAGCCCAUGACCGCCUCCAACUGGACGCUGGUGAUGGAGGGCGAGUGGAUGCUGAAAUUCUAUGCCCCAUGGUGUCCAUCCUGCCAGCAGACUGAUUCUGAAUGGGAAACUUUUGCAAAGAAUGGAGACACACUUCAGAUCAGCGUGGGAAAGGUGGAUGUCAUUCAAGAACCAGGUUUGAGUGGCCGCUUCUUUGUUACCACUCUCCCAGCAUUUUUUCAUGCAAAAGAUGGGAUAUUCCGCCGUUACCGUGGUUCAGGAAUCUAUGAAGACUUACAGAAUUACAUCUUAGAGAAAAAGUGGCAAUCAGUUGAGCCUCUGACUGGCUGGAAGUCCCCAGCUUCUCUAACGAUGUCUGGAAUGGCUGGUCUUUUUAGCAUCUCUGGCAAGAUUUGGCACCUUCAUAACUACUUCACAGUGACUCUUGGGAUCCCUGCAUGGUGUUCUUACAUCUUCUUUGUCAUCGCCACGUUGGUGUUUGGUCUGUUCAUGGGUCUGGUCCUGGUGGUGAUUUCAGAAUGCUUCUAUGUGCCUUUUCCGAGAUCUGCAUCUAAACGCUGUGAACAGGGUCAGAGGCCAGAGGAGGCUCAAGCAGCUGAACAGCUACAGGAUGCAGAGGAAGAAAAGGAUGACUCAAAUGAAGAGGAAAACAAAGACAGUCUUGUGGAUGAUGAGGAAGAGAAAGAGGACCUUGGAGAUGAGGAUGAAGCCGAAGAAGAUGAGGAAGAGGACAACCUGGCAGGCAGCAUGGAUGAGGAGAGAAGCGACCCCAAAGACCAAGGAGUCGUGAAGGAGGGCAGUGUGUCCCACGGGGAGCUUGAUCUUGAUGGAGCUCGUUCAGCCAGUACACAGGAGGUGGGGGAAGACUCAGUGAGGCAGCGCAAGAGCCAGCGUGCCAACAAGGGACCAUAGGGUUCCUGAUGCCAUUUCUAAACAUGCAGGCCGGAAGAGCAAGUCUGCUUCUCCCUGGUCUGCAGCUUUCCCUCUGGUCUGCAGUUUAAGCCAAAUCCUUAGGGAUUUUGUUUUUGUUUUUGUUUUGUUGUUUUGUUCUUAAUGAGCAAUGGUCACUUUUAAAAGAUGAUCUCUGGCCCUGUGGUUACAUGGUAGUAAGCCUCGGGGUCCUAAAGAGAGUCAGGUGGAGCACUGAGCCAGCAUGGUGUUAGGAUCUUUGUGGGGACUUGGGUGGAGAACAAGUUCAUAUGCUUGGGGGCCCAAGAGUCAAUCAGAGGACUUCUCUCCAGUCCUCAUUAGCACCUUUAAAAGUGAGGCUGCUGGCCUAAUAAAAUGAGAGUGAAGCCACAUUACUCCAGAGCAUCCGUGAAGUACAGGAAAAGUCUUGGACUUCAUUGUUAAGCAUUUGUUUUUGUCACGUAAGAAACAUUGGGUACCUCAGCCCCCAAACACUGUCUUGGGGCUAGAAAUUGUGGGAGACCUGGGUAUAGAUACAACUUCAAAAAGGAACUGUGGAAUCCUCUCCUGGUCUCUGUUGUCUUUUAUUUUUUGCCUUCAGUUUCUGUAACUUUGCCUCUGUGGGCCUGAAGACUCCUACACCUCACAACUUCUGUAGUAAGAGCAGCAGGCAGCAGCGAGUCGGCAUCCAUUGCCUGUAUUCGGCUUAAAGCUGUAGGUAAUCAGCAACCACAGCUGAUGAAGCUAAGACUGCCAGGUGCCCCAAAGGACAUGCUGUAGUCUCUGAAAAGUCAAAAGAAAGUAGGGGUUUCAUACAACAGCUUGUUAGAUCAGCCU